AUGGACCUGCCUAUAUACUACUCGAAGGCUGAAUUUAUUGAGACUGACACAGGAAACAAAGUCUCGCGUCGCGCCACCAUUGCUGGGCCGCAGAACAUCAUCCUUGGUGGCAAGACUAUCAUAUCUAGCGGCGCAAUUAUCCGAGGAGACUUGAGGAGAACAGGUCCUGGUCAUGCAGUUGUCAUAUCUCUAGGACGAUACUGCCUUGUAGGAGAAGGUUGCGUCAUGAGACCUCCAUACAAAACAUAUCGAGGCAACUUCAACUACUAUCCUAUGAAAAUAGGCGACCAUGUUCACAUUGGGGCUAAUACUAUUGUCGAAGCUGCUCAGAUCGGCAACCAUGUUGAAAUAGGCAAGAACUGCGUGAUUGGAAAGUUCACAAUCAUAAAAGACUGUGCAAGGAUUGCAGACAACUCUAUAAUUCCUCCCAACACUGUCGUUCCUGCUUUGUCGUUAUUUUCUGGCUCCCCAGGGCGCUUCCAAGAAGACUUGCCAGAGUCUACUCAGGAAAUGGUAGAGGCCCAAACAAAGCAAUAUUAUACACGCUUUCAGGCUUUGGACCAGUGA